CUUCCGGUUCCGGCUCGGGGCGGGCUCAUAAGGCCUGACAGAGGCUUCGGGGAGGCUAGGUGUUGGGUUCUGGUAUCCUGGCGGCACGAUGGACCGAAAGAAAAAACCUUUGGACGUUACAGCCUCCUCGUUGGUAGAUCUUAAGGCUGAGCUCUUCCGAAAACAAGAAGAAUUCAAACAAGAAAAACUUCUAAAAGAUUCUGGAGUCUUUGGAAAACCAAAAACAACUAAUAAGAAGCCAAGUAUCUGGACCAAGCAGAAUGCUGGUGUUUCCAGUCGAGCAGAGAAGGAUGCAGAACAGAAGCUUGAAGAGCAGAAGACUUUAGACAAAGCAAGGGAAAAAUUGGAAGAAAAGGCCAAAUUAUAUGAAAAGAUGACUAAAGGAGACUUUCCAGAUGAGGAAGUGGAGGACAUGUACCUUGUGGAUUUCACACAGAAGAUCAUAGACAAGCGAAAAGAAAUGGAGGUGCUUGGUGCUACUAGAGAGUCUGAAAAUGCAGAAGAGAGAGAUGAUGAUGAAGAGUUUUCUGAAAAAGACAUACCUCCUCCCCAAGACCCCAGUGAGGAGUGGGUGGAUUAUGUGGACUCUUUGGGCCGAUCCCGGCGCUGCAUGAGAAAGGAUUUACCAGAUCUAUUGGAGAUGGAUAAAAAUCUUCAGGGAAGACUUUUCGUUAGUCCUGCUAAUGAAAAAACUUUAUUAUCUGAAGACAUGAGGAAAGAACUUCAGCGCCAGCAAUGGGAAGAAGAAGAAAGGGAGGCUCUGAAAAAGCCAAUGGGGCCUAUCCAUUAUGAAGACAUUAGGGAAAAUGAGGCCCGACAACUUGGUGUUGGAUAUUUUGCCUUUGCCAAAGACAAAGAGUUAAGAAACAAGCAAAUGAAAACUUUAGAGAUGCUUCGUGAACAGACAACAGAUCAGAGAAUAAAACGAGAAAACAUAAAGGAAAAGCGGAAGGCUAUGUUAGAAGCAAGACUUGCCAAACUUCGACAAAAAAAGAUUAAAAAAUCAAAGGAAGAUGGUACUGAAGAAGAAAAUAGAGGUGGAGAUGUUACUGUGCUUUUGCCAUCAGAACCAAAGGCUGUACCUGCUCCACCUCCUGUGGCCCAGAACAGCAAGGUAGAAGUCAUCAUCCAGGAGCGGAAGGAUACCAAGCCUGGAGUGCCACACAUCCGAGAGUGGGACCGAGGAAAAGAAUUUUCUUUUGGGUUCUGGUCGAAGAAGCAGUCAGAACUCUGGGCUGAACGAGAUCCUGAGUUUGCCCCACCAUCGAAUUACUUUGUGGGUCAAAAGAGAACUGGUGCUUUGAGUAGCCAGCCAUGGAGCAAACCGGGACCAGCACCAAGCAACUCGGGACACGGCUUUGGCUCGUCACACGCAUCUUCUUCUGCCUCUGAAAGCCCAUCACAGGCCUCCACAGUCACUUUCCAAACCCUAGAUGAUAUGAUAUCUUAUUAUAAACAAGUCACAUGACCUUGAAAAGCAUGAUGUUGCGUUUGUGUCAUCAGAAAUCAGGAUAGGACUGAGUUUUACAUUUUCCUUCCUGUCCUUUCCCUAGGAUGCACAGGCUUGAGGCCAGAUUACUUAGAAGGGAGGAGUGAGUCUGCCCAUGAGAGCUCACUGGCUACUUAGCUGUCCAUUUUUAAUGCUUGGUGUAGAGGGAAUUUAGCUCCUCCCCUUCAUGCUGACCCAGUUGUAACUCAUUUGGAUUUCCAGGUGUGAGAACUGUAAAUACUAAUCUAAAAUUUGAUACUGAAUAACUUGUUUCUUUUUUAGGUUAUUUUAUGUAUGUGAAUGUUUUGCCUUUCUGUAUAUGUGUGCACAACGUGUGUGCCUGGUGCCCAAAGGGGUCAGAAGAGUGCAUUGGAACCCUGGAGCUGGAGUUACGGAUAGUUGUGAGCCACUAUGUGGGUGCUGGGAACUGGACUUUGAUCCUCUACAAGAGCAGCCAGUGUUGUUAACUACUGAUCCAUCUCUCCAUACCUGCAGAGGAGCUUAUAACCCUGUUUCACAAACACACCCACCCAUGACUUCGCUUAUAGGACUACAUUCCUUUCCUUUCAGAAAUGCUAGCAUGCUGGUAUCUGCUCCACAGAUUCAACUUCUCAGACAGGUAAUGGAGCAAUAUCAGGAGUUUUUACCUGUCUAUCAAGCAAAUAAGGGACUAUUGUAGGAGGCGAAGUGGAAAAGGGAAACUGGUAGAAUGCUAACUAAGCAGUCACAUCUGAAGCCAUAAGGUCAGAAAGAGCACCUACAAUUCAGAGAGGGAGAAGUUGAUUGUUGAUCUGGGUCAACAUGUUAUCCAGUUGCCUGCAUCCCUGUUUCUCUGGACAUCUGGAGUUGUGCUGAAUUACUUGGGCAUUCCUGAAGGCUGCUGAACCUGGUUAGAGACCAGCAUUCCUAGUUUUGCCAAUUAGAGCUUUGACCUUGUCUUUCUCUCCUGCCUUAGUAUGUCCUGGUGUUUCCAUUGCUUGAGGCUUUUUUGACUCUCUAUAGCCUGACUUGGACCCCAUUGUGUAAACUAGGUAGGUCCCUGCCUGUAUCCUUAUUGAAUCCUCAGGAUGUCACUAAGUAGGGGUGUCAGAGGAUUAACCCAUGCAUCUGCAAACAGGCAGUCAGGAGUUGGCUGCCAAGCCUUUGGGAGCAGUGGGUCGUUUCCAACUCAAGGAAAGUCUCUGCAGUGCCCUGAAAGAAUGGAAAGAGGUGUGAGGGAAGACCCACUCUUUGGGGUCUCCUUGAUAGUUUUUUCUCUGCUCACAUAGCACUGCAUCAUGAGUAGAAGUGUUUGAUUUGUCCUGUGAUGACCCACCUAGCGCAAGGUCACGUGGCAUCUAAGCGUCAGUUCCAGGACUUAAACAACUUAUAUCUAACCUCUAGACUCAUGCACCUUUUUCUAGCACCCAGUCUUCUUGUCCCAGUAUGAAGAAAGUUACCUUUGAACUGCACAGCAAAGGGAAACCUAGACAUAAUGUCAUUCUUUCAGUCUCAUCAAACAAAAACCUCUUAAUAUACAUCAGAAUGCUAACCCAGCUGCUUUUUUUGUUUGUUUGUUUGUUUUUUCCAGAAAUGACAAAUGCAUCCUAAAAUUCAGUGGAAAUGCCAGGGACCCAGAAUGGCCAGAGAAAAGAUGGAGGACCAAACUUCUUGAUUCAAGACUUAGCAAAGCUAGCACAGUACAAAUGGUGUGGUACUGGCACAAGAGCACAGGCACAUAGGUCAGUAGGGUAGAAUAGAGCCAGGUAUUCAUGGGCAGUUGACUCUUAAUGAGGGUGCCAGGACCAUCCAAUGGGAAGGAAUGCACAUUUCACAACAUAUUGUCCAGGGCAAAGCAAUGAGUUUUUACCUGAUGCCAUAUCUAAAAGGCAACUCAGGAUAAACUAAAGACCCAAAAGUAGGGCCAGAAACUAAAAAGUCAACCUGUAGGUGGGCAGAAGUAGUCAAGCACAGCCACUCAUCACUGACAACUAGUAACUAUAGGUCACGUUUUCUCUGGGAUUUUGAAGACUCUGUAAAUCUCUUUCUAAUCCCUUGUUUACCACAUCAAUUAUAAGGCUUUUUGACAAGCCCAGCUUACCUUCCUGUUUCAGCCCCUCAGAUGAAACAUGAAAUCCACUUCAGAAAGUUGUUUCUCAUGGAGCAGUUUUGUAUGCGAGUGUCCAGAAGAUGGCAGCAGACCCUCAGUUCGGAUCCCUGCUCUGAAACAGUACUGGCGUCAUAGGGAUGCAAGGAAAAGUGUCACUUUCAGUUUUCUUUCUUUUUGGUAGACAGUUUUAUGCAGCUCCAACUGGAUAUGUAGCAGAGAUGAUUUUGUAGUCAGUACAAUUUCAUACAUGUAUGUAUAUAAUGCAUUCCAUUUCCCUUCACCCUCCAUUCUUAUUUCCUUCCACCUGUCAACUCCCCCUUUUUCUUACAAGUCCUAUUUUCAGAUUCUAUUCUUUUGUUGUCUUGUGAUCCACUGAUUUUAUCUGACUGCCUGUGAGACCAUGGGUUUAGUUAGUACUGUCUAUUAGAACCUGGACAAUAACAGUGACUUUCCCCCAAAAUCCAUUGUAGACAGUUGUCCAGCAAGGAGAAAUAGGGUCCCAUGAAUCCCUCACCAGUCAGUGAUUGCUUCUUGACAGUUGUAGUCUUUUGGAGGUCCUGUGCAGGUAGUUGAAACUGCUCUGAGACUAUAUGUGCUGUGUCAUGUAUGCAGUGGCUAUGUUGUGCCCUGGAGAUGGCAUUUCACAGCCCUCUCUGUCUUCUAGUUUUACAUUUUCUGUUCCCUUUCCUGAUGUUCCUGAGCAUAGGAUAGGCACUCAGCCAUCACUUGUUCUCAGAACCUUGAGCACCAUGUGCAUAGUCACAGAGAGGCCAAAGUGUCAAUAUUGCAUUUCUGAUCCCCCAUUUGUGCCUCUCUCUCCAGAGUGCUAGCAUUAUAGGUGUACACCAUCACAUCUGGUUUAUGCCUUGUUGGACGUCUUUGCAUUCUGGAUACGCAUUCUACCAGCUGAACUACAUUCCCAGGUCAUUUUAGCUUUGUAAGAACCAUAUUUAAAAAGUGAAAUUAGUAUUUUUCUAUUGAACUUAGUAUAUCCAGAACAUCUAUCUCAGUAUAUAGUCAGGAUACAGGGACCAUCAGGAGAUACUCUAUUUGUUUUUUUUUUUUUUUUUUUUUUGACAGGGUCUCUAAGUAACCCUGGCUGUCCUGAAACUUGCUAUGUAGACUAGGCUGGUCACAAACUCAGGGAUAAGUCUGCUUCUGCCUCCCUGGUGCUGGGAAUAAAGAUGUGUGUGCAACACAACA